CCAGAGAACCCAGCAGUAGCCCUAGACCACCAUUCCCGGCUUUGUUACGAUCACUUGAUCGCCAAUGGCUGCAAAGCUCGUUGUCCUCGUUGCCCUCAGCCUGCUCCUCUUCGCCGGCGACGCGCACGGCUGCAUACCCUACUGUGGACCAGCUGAUUCCACUCCGCCCGAGCCGGCACCAUCGACCUACGCACCCGAGCCAGCAGCUCCUACGACGCCGGUCGCACCAACGCCAUCAAGCUAUGCUCCCCAGCCACCCGCUCCGACAGUGCCGACGACCGAUGGCCACGGCCAUCGCCCGGCCAGGCGGUGCCCAGUGGAUGCGCUCCAGCUCCAGGUGUGCGCAAGCAUUCUAGAUGGCCUUGUCAAGGUUAGUUUACCGGAGGAGCGGGAGAGGUGCUGCCGGCUGCUGGACGGGCUCGUUGACAUCGAUGCCGCUGCGUGCCUCUGCACCGUGCUUAAGGCCAACGUCCUCGGCAUUCCCCUCCGCGUGCCCAUCAACAUCAGUCUGAGUCUAAACCGGUGCGGCCGCAGGGAUUGCCCACCCGGCUUGACUUGCCCUCGCUAUUAAGCUCGAUCGGGAAUGAUCAGGAUCGAGCCGUCAUAUUUCCCGUCUCGCUUCAAAGGUUUGCUUGCGGUGGCGGCGACUUGUCUCAUAGCCGUUGCAUGCUGGGAUAAAUUUGUUUAAAUUUUAUAUAUUGCAUUUUAAUUUUCUUAUAGUUCAUUAUUGUACUUUGGUAUCUGUUCUGAGUCAUGUAUCCAGUGACUUAUGGAGUUCUUACUGUUAUAUACCAUAUUUAAUUUGUUA